AUGAGUGUGGCCCAUUCUCCCAUAAAGGACGGCCCGCCGUCGCUCUUCGACAAAGAUGGAAAUCCCAUAAAUCGCCAGGACAAUGCAUUUAGUCUUCCGUUACUGAAUCCAAUUUCAUCAACUACGCAACCCCCAACGACAAGUACUGGUACAACGCCAAAGACAACAUUUCCCUCAGGAGCUGCAAAUCCAAGUCUAACCUGGCAAUUUCCAACGUUCGCCCAGCAGAGCACAGGUAACUCAAUUUCAACUGAAACUUUUGAGCAAAUCCUCUCAGGUUUGGCGCGCACAGCUCAACAAAACCUGCAAGUCGCAGCGACAAAACCAAAAUUACCAGCAUUCAAUAAAGCACGACCAGACCUGUGGUUCAUCAUGGUCGAAGCAGAAUUUAACACCACCAACACCGAUGAUGACCAAGUAAAAUAUCUCAACGUCAUACGUGCUCUUGAACCUGAUAUUAUUGAACAGCUUGCAGACGUAAUCAGACCACACCUGAUCACUACUGACAAAUUGGGACUAGACACUGUAGCUGAGUUCGCAGAUCGUUUCAUCGAAGUAAUGGGGCCCAGUCUACAGGUUUCGGCCACUUCAGCAAGACCAUUUUCGCAAACCAACACGUGUAACCACGAAGCGAAAUUCGCGGAAAUACAACAAGCAUUGACCUCGUGCAUUAAAGAGAUUUAUGACCUCAAAUCACAACAGCAAAACUUGCAGCAACAACUCCAGUUGGCAGCUAAUCAAACUAUGUCGACAGGGCCAUACAACUAUUCGUAUAUAUUUAAAUACAUUAUUAUAGGAGACAUGGGAGUUGGAAAGUCAUGUCUUUUACAUCAAUUUACAGAGAAAAAAUGUAAAUUAUAUCAUUUAAAGUACUUGAAUUUUAACUCAGAUUAA